AUGAAGAUUCGUGGAAUGCAGAUCUGGGGCUUCCUGUUAGCGGUACUGGGCUGGAUCUUUGUCGGCUGUUCCAUGGCCAUGGAGGGCUGGAAGAUCUCCUCUAUCGGAGGGCAAGGUGGGAGCUCCGUCAUAACAGUGGGCUGGUACUGGUCCAGUCUGUGGAGGGCCUGCUUCACGGACUCCGCUUCCACAUCCAACUGCUACGACUUCCCCGUGCUGUGGUCUGUAGAAGGUUAUCUUCAGAUCGUGAGGGCUCUGCUCAUGUCUGGGAUGGCUGUUGGAGUGCUGGCCUCCAUCCUGAGUCUCGUGGGAAUGGAAUGCACUUACAUCGGAGGAAAAGACAAAGAGAAGAACCGAUCGGUGUUCACAGGAGGCAUCUGUCACAUAACAAGUGGUAAAUUUAUUCAUAAUAAACAGCAGAACCAUUGUAAAUUAGUCUUGCAUGUGUGUUUUACUGUGUCUGUUCUCAAAGGUAUGCUGGCUGCCUCUGGUUAUGCACUUUAUGCUCAGCAUGUUUCUGCAGAAUAUUUCAACCCCAGAUUUGAUGGACUGCAAUUUGACUUGGGAACUCCUUUGUUCCUUGGAUGGGCGGGAUGUGCUUUUCAGAUCACUGGAGGGAUUUUCUUCCUAGUUUCAGUCUGCAAGAUCUGGUCUCAGACAUACAGCAGUGCACCAGUUCUCAGCGUUCCUGUCGUGGAGAGCAAUGCCUUGCGUUCCUCUCACACAAAUGUUUCCAUCAUAUCUGAACUCUCCACAAAAUCCAACGUAUCAACCGUAUCUGAGCUCUCCUCGAAGUCUGAAACAACAGCUCUGUCAAAUGUGCUAUCAAAGAGCCCACAUAUCUCAAGAACUAGACGUCCCUCGAGAACCAGACGCUCAGAUGCUAUCAAACCAGACGUGUCACGAUCAGUGAGCUCCUCACGGUCCUCGAGAAUCAGCAGAUCACAUUUAAACCACAACAAAGCGUCCUCUCCGUCUAGAGGCACUACACAUCACUUCAUCAAGAACUCCUACCUCUGAAACACUGAGCUUGGAUUACUGAAUCUGGUUAUGAUCUGGAAAAGACUUCUAACCACAGUUACACAAAACUAUGAUGUUCAGUUUAGUUGUCUAUAAAUCACUCUUUUAUUAUAUCUCAUAACAAAACAACCCUAUACUGUACAACUGAACAGUGUUACUACAAAUCCCAAGGAACUCUCCAGAUCAUGGAUUUAAAUGCAGAGAUUUUUGUAACAUGAACUGAAAAUUGUUUAAUGAGAUCAAGUCAUUUAUUGUUGGAUUAAUUCUUUGAGAAAUAUAGAUUGCAUAUUAAUUACAGAGAGCAUUACUGCCUAUGGAUUACUGAAAUGUAGAACAACAGUCUGUGCUUUGUCAGAUCUAUUUUUCUUCAUGAUUUAAUUUUAUGUUCAGUGAAAUUGAUGUAAUAAAACAAUGCUGGAUGACAAUAAAUUUUUUAAGAUGUCCUAAAGACAUUUUAAA